AGGAAAAAAGAAAACACAAAAGAAGAAAAGAAAGAAAGAGAAAAACGAGAGGAGGAGGCAGUGAAGAGAAUUGUCUCGUCCGUCCAUUUAUGGCAUGUUUCAUCCGGUGAUGUGCAUCAGCAAAAGCUAAGGAAACUUGGGUUGUUUCGUUUAAGGUAUUAUGACAAUUCCCACGAGUAUGGCGGACAGUUAUUUGGGACCCUUCAACCUCAAGCCCAAGCCCCCUUCUUUAUUUAACUUUCCUUUCACAUUUUCCCCAUUUUCAACAUCUCUAUCUUUCUCCCUUAUGGCUGCUCGUCACUGUCUUUGCUCCUCCUCUAGCCCCACUAGUGUUUCCUCCACUGGGUCCCAUCAUCAAACUUCUCUUCUUGUUUUCUCUGGUGGAACUGCAUUUAAUGGUGUGGUUGAAGAGCUUAAGAAACUAACAACUCGUGUAGCUCAUGUGCUCCCUGUUUCUGAUGAUGGAGGCAGUACUGCUGAAAUUGUUCGUGUUCUUGGUGGUCCUGCUGUUGGAGAUAUACGAUCAAGAUGUUUGAGAUUGUCGGACCAAAGUACCUCGGAGGCUCGUGCAGUCCGAAUAUUGCUUGGUCAUCGUUUACCUCUUGAUCCACAGAGAGCCAAAUCAGAAUGGUACGAUAUUGUGGAGGGCAGCCAUGAUCUAUGGCGAGGUGUCUCAAAACCAUAUAGGGAAACUAUAAGAGCUUUCUUGGCUUACUUCCAGGAUCAGAUUCUCCGGCGUUCAGAUGAGUUAUUCUGUUUCAGCAAUGGAAGUAUAGGGAACUUUUUCUUUGCUGGAGCACGCUUAUUCUUCCAGUCUUUAGAUGCAGCAAUCUUUUUGUUUUCACGGGUUUCAGAAAUUCCAGCAGAAAGUUUGGUCCUUCCUGUGAUAUCUACAAAUGAAAGGCUUACCCUGGGAUGUGAGUUAUUGGAUGGAACCGUUAUACGCGGACAGAAUGAAAUAUCUCAUCCAACCCAUGGAUCCAUGCAACCUAUUGACAAGGACGCAUCUUCGGUCCCAGCACUUUCUUCUAGAAUAAAGCGGAUAUUCUACAUGUCCAGUGAAGGAAGCAACUUAUUGCAUGAGGUCUUCCCCACUGUAAAUCCCACUGUCUUGGAACAGUUGAGAAGUGUCGACUGUAUCAUAUUUGCCAUGGGAUCCCUCUUUACUUCCAUCUGCCCCUCUCUGGUUUUACUUGGAGUGGGGGAAACCAUCUCUUCGCGGACUUGUCCCAAGGUACUAAUUUUGAAUGGUACUCAUGAUCGAGAAACUGGUGGCUUUGGUGCUUCUUGCUUUGUGACUGCCAUUACUGAUGCCUUAAAUCGAACUUAUGGAAAUCCUCACAAUUGUCUUAAAAAUCCUCCAAACAAAUAUAUCAACACCCUUCUGGUGCCAAAAAAUGGCCAAAUACAUGUGGAUAUAGAAUGCCUGGCUUCUCAGGGAAUUUUCAAUGUGGUCACUGUGGAUUCCAUCCGUGAUCCAAAAGUAGGGGUGCUUUUCGAUCCCAAAUCAUUGAUUCAAGCGCUUUCUAACCUGUUGAUGGACACAUGAGCCUGAAUGUAUUGUGGCUCGUUAAACCAAAAUUUAUCAGAAAUUGAGAAGCUGGUGGCACAGUAAUGUUUUGAAGUUGCUCUCUUUUUUGCGCAACUUGUAAGGUUAUGAUUGAGCUCUGCAGGAAUGAAUCCCUAAUAUGAAGGCUGGUAAUUUUGUUUCAUUCAUCCAUCUAUUGAAUUUCAUCAUAAUUUUAAUGCUGAUAUGGCUGGAUUGAAGAGAAACAGGCUCUUCCGAGACACUUGGUAGAUAACAAUUCAAGCAGCUCUACGUUGAUUUCAACUCCCUGAAGUCUGAAGGAUGAUGGUAAGGCUUGCAUAGUUUCAGAAGCUGUUGAAUGUGAAGUAGGAAUUUCUUUGAUUUUUUUCAGCUCUUAAUGGGAAUAGAUAGCAUCGCUCGCAAUUGAGCUGAAACACAUGUGAUGUAUUGGUGCCAAUCACAACUAGUUCGGGCUUGAGGCCAGCUGUUGUACAUACUGAAAUUUUGUGUAUAUCAAGGGCCUUGUUUUAAAUGAAAAUGUUCACUCUUUAUGAGUAGC